AUUCUCAAAACAUCUGCUUUUCACAAGCCCCUGGUAUCAGCUGCUCAUUUUUUCCCCUCCCUCCCCGCUCCCCCCAAGCUUCCUUUUUGUAAAACACCAGCCCUGCAGUUGUUUCUGCCCUCACCCAGCUCAGCCCCAAGACUGGGAGCUCCUCCUGCUAACUGUUUUGUGUAUCUUCUAGUCAGGGUUGUUCCUGGUUAUGCCUCAGCAUGCACUGUCUUAAAAACCCACAGCUCAAUCCUAAGACCUGCUGCCCUUCAGCGCACUGCUCUCUCUGUUCCCUUGGUAAGCUGCCCAGCGGUAGACGCGUGCUCGCUGCAGUCUGAGAGGGGUCUGCCCAGAGCCUUCCUCCCAGGCUUGGGGGCUUUCGCCCUGGCUGGCUCCCUGGGAGGGCUGCAGACUGGACUAGAAGCUCUUGCAACAGCAGGCACCCUGCUUCCCUCUGUGGGGGUGGUUUUGUGUUCUGAGAUGAGACUGGCCAACAUGGAGUGCCCUUGUGGGAAUCGGGACGAGACAAACAGGGUGAGCACCAGGGUGGCCUUUCACCUGAGAGUCUGCCCUCCACCCCUCGUUCACAGAAAACGUGUCUGGUCUGGCAGCUCCCGUUUCAGUGCAGAACGCGUGCCUGGUUUCUGGACCAGAUCACUUGCCGUUCCACCUUUGAAAGCCAGCCAGCACCGGCUCUGUGUCCACAGGGUCUGGGGAUGGGGCUCUGAAGGCACCUGCCAAGGGCUGCACGGCCUUUUCAGUGUAGGGAAGAGGUCUGGCCCCAGGAGAAGAGUGGCCUUCUUUGUCUUCUGGAUGACGGCCUCCUCUCUCCAUGGCCAGGCCUCGGCCUGUUGAGACUCAGGGCUGCUGUGGGAGCCUGGAGGAGAGCCAGGGAGUAACUGUCGGGAAGUCCUGAUUGCCUUCUUCGUGACCUGCACCUGGGAGAAGGGCCAGGCCCAUGGGAGGCCACCGUCCCGCCGUCCUGUGAUCCCAGAGGCUGUGCUUCUGUAGCUUCCUUGGCGUGUGGACACCUGGCCCGCAUCCUGGGGGCUCUCAUUCGCCGGGAGCCCCUAAGCCAGGGUGUGCUGUGGCCAGGGUGGCUCCAGAGGCUUUGGGAAAGAGUGUGUCGGCCAUCCCCUGGACUUCCUGUGAGGGCCGGGUCGGCCUUCCUGGGCACUGCUCGUGCUGAGUGUGUGCAACCAUUCCUCUUGGAGUCCGGGCAGCUCUGUGGCUCCCGGGGGUGCCUCUGGCUCUCUCAGACCCUGUGAGGUGGCCGUGUGUCACCCCUUGCCUUUGCCAGACUGGCCUGGCUCCGAUCUGGGUCCCACACUGCCCCCAUUGUCCUGUGGGCUCCGCUGCAGCUCUUGUUGGCAGCCUCGGAUCCCUGGGCUGGUCCCCUCCCUCCCCGCUCUCGGCGCCCAUGGGCGGUGGUGGGGUGGACUGUGCUGGCACCGGCCGGGGAUGGGUGGCAGCUGCAGCUGUGGGUGGCUUUGUUCUCACAGCCUGGCUCUCUGUGUUCCUGACUGGCCUUCCCGGGGCCGUGGUUCAGCCUGGCAGCAGUGGGCAGGGAGCUGCCCCCCGCCCUCCUCCCCAGCAGUAGCCCCCUUCUGUCCUUUUGGUUGGCUAACCAGAGCCUGAGGACCUGAGGUCAGUGGCCGGGCCCUCUGGAUGGCAGGCUCCCAGACGUGGCUGUCUGUUUCUAUGGAGUGCCCGGAGGGUGGCUGCCAUGAGUGUGGAUAACCGUGCUCCCCGGGAGAGCUGGCUGGCUGGGGAGAAGACACUAACCCUUUUCAGGAGCUGUGGGCUGGAGGAAGUGGAGAGGCCGUGGGAUGCUGAGGGCCAAGGGCUGACUCCUGGACAGCGGAACAGAGGGAGCUGCCGGCAAGCAGACGUAGGCUGAGGACCCCCCUCCCAGAAUGACCAGUGCAGCCCCGGCAAAGAAACCCUACCGGAAGGCACCGCCCGAACACCGGGAGCUGCGCCUGGAAGGCCCUGGAUCGAGGCUCGAGCUGGAGGGCCCCCUGACUGAUGCUGAGAGGAUGAAGCUCCUGGAGCAGGAGAAUGAGGAGCUGCGCCGGCGCCUGUCCGCGGCCACCAGGCGCACCGAGGCCCUGGAGCGCGAGCUGGAGAUCGGGCAGGACUGCCUGGAGCUGGAGCUGGGCCAGAGCCGAGAGGAGCUGGAUAAGUUUAAGGACAAGUUCCGCAGGCUGCAGAACAGCUACACGGCCUCCCAGCGGACCAACCAGGAGCUGGAGGACAAGCUGCACACGCUGGCCUCCCUUAGCCACAGCUGGAUCUUUGCAAUCAAGAAGGCGGAGAUGGAUAAGAAGACACUGGACUGGGAGAUUGUGGAGCUGACCAACAAGCUGCUAGACGCCAAGAACACCAUCAACAAGCUGGAGGAGCUCAAUGAGCGCUACAGGCUCGACUGCAACCUGGCCGUGCAGCUGCUCAAGUGCAACAAGUCCCACUUCCGGAACCACAAGCUUGCAGAGCUGCCCUGUGAGCUGCAGGAUAUGGUUCGGAAGCACCUGCACAGUGGACAAGAGGCCGCGAGCCCGAGCCCUGCCACCGGCCUGGUCGCAGGGGCCGUGGUGCCCACCUCCAUCAUUGCCCGUGUGUUGGAGAAGCCAGAGUCUCUGCUGCUCAACUCGGCCCAGUCGGGCAGUGCUGGGCACCCCUUGGCUGAGGAUGUCUUCGUGCACGUGGACAUGAGCGGGGAUGCCUCGAGUGACCCGGCCAGUCCCCUGGCCCCUGGCAGCCCUGCCCCACAGCCCAACGGAGAAUGCCACUCUCUGGGCACUGCUGGGGCCUCCCUAGAGGAAGAGCCGCCCCUGCCAACCUUUGACAAGUUGAGCCCCUACCCCACACCGUCCCCACCGCACCCGCUGUAUCCUGGCCGCAAGGUCAUAGAGUUCUCAGAGGAAAAGGUGCGGGUUCCCCGGAACAGCCCCCUGCCCAACUGCACCUAUGCCACCCGCCAGGCCAUCUCCCUGAGCCUGGUGGAGGAGGGCAUUGAGCGGGCCCGCCUCAGCGCUGGCCCUAGCAGCCCCGCCUCCACCCAGGCCUCCCCCCACCACCAGGCCAGCCCCGCGCCCCCAGGAUGCAGCCCCUCUGCCAGCUCUGCCAACUCUGAGGAUGACCUGCUGGCCAGCUGGCAGCGGGCAUUUGUGGACCGCACCCCACCGCCUGCCGCCGUGGCCCAGCGCACUGCUUUCGGUCAGGACGUGCUCCCGGAGCUUCAGCGCCAUUUUGCCCUGAGCCCCCCUGAUGGAGAUGAGGAGGCCCCAACACCGUCUCCCUCACCUGGUGAGAGCAGGCUUCUACUCCCCAUGGCACCCACGUCCGGCUCUCCUGGGGAGGAGGAGGAGCAGCUCAGCCUGCCUGCCAGCCCCGAGGAGGAGCGCCAGCGCCUCCUUCCCCAGGACGGCGGCACGGAGGAGGGGCCUGGCACUGCCCACAGCGAAGGCAGGACCUGGCCACUGGGCAACGCCAGCCGCCCCCAGCGCAGCCCAAAGAGGAUGGGGGUUCACCACCUGCACCGAAAGGACAGCCUGACCCAGGCCCAGGAGCAGGGCAACCUGCUGGAUUAGCCCUCCUGCCUGCUGGGGCCACAGGGUGGUUUAGGGUGCCAGCUGGGCCUUUCUUUGGCUGCCUGGGAGCAGGGCCCUCCCUGCUCUUCUCGGCUAUAUUCUCCAAAGGUGCAGGGGCCGAGGACAUGGGAACAGGGUGGGACCACAGGGCUUGUUUCCUGUUCUGGAGGAUGUGAGGGUGCUGGGGCGUGGUUGGGGUCGUUCACCUCGCAUUCUGUAAGCGGUCUGCUACCCUCAGCCCACAGAGGCUGCAGGAGCUGUGGCCUUCCAGGGAGGGGAGGCCCACUCAGGGUGGGCCUCGCAGUGCCCUCCUCCCUCAGGAAGGGAAUGGAGGGCAAGGUUCAGGGGCCUCAAGCUGUGUGAGGCCCAGCCUCCCCCCAACUGUGGCUCUAGACUGUUACUCCCCAUUUGGGGGAGAUUUCAUGUUGCAGACUAUUUUAAAAUCAAAUAAACUAUUUUACUGGUA